UCGGAAGCUGCUCUGUCGAAAAAGAAAGGAUGUGGCUGCUGUCAAUGUUGGUUCCUCUUGUCAGACUGUAUUGGUGUGGAGUUAAAGUUCUACUAUAUCAGCUCUUCAAAAGACCUUUUACGCUGUCAGUUUUACCCAAGCAAAAUGGAAGGGUUGCCAUUGUGACGGGGGGUACCAGAGGAAUGGGUUUUGAGACGGCGAGACACCUGGCAAGCCUUGGCAUGCAUGUUGUCAUAGCUGGGAACGAGAGAGAAGAGGGCAUAGCAGCUGUCAGGAAGAUUAAUGACGAAGACAGUGAGGGAAAAGCUGAGUUUGUCUUUGUGGACCUGUCUUCGCUGAAAUCAGUGCAACAGUUUGUUCAGACAUUUAAAGACAAAGGUCUUCCCCUCCACGUACUGGUUAACAACGCUGGAAUCAUGAUGGUUCCCGAGAGACAGACAGAAGGCCACUGUGGUCUAACCUACCUGGGCCACUGCCUGCUGACCAACCUGCUGCUGGAUAUGCUGAAGAAGUCAGGGCGACAGGGCUGUUGCUCCAGAAUCGUCAAUGUGUCCUCAGCUACACACUUUGCAGGAGUCUUGGACAUGGAUGACUUAAAUAGGAGGAUCUGCUACAGUUCCCAUGGGGCCUACUCCCAAAGUAAACUGGCUCUGGUCCUCUUCACAUACUAUCUGCAAGAGCAGCUGACUGCUGGCGGCUUUAUGGUGACUGUCAAUGCUGUGGACCCUGGCAUGGUAGAUACAGCCCUGUACAAUAACUUGUGGAGCCUCACACAGAUGCUGAAGAAAUCAGUGGCAAAGACACUGUUCAGGACUCCAGCAGAAGGAGCAUCCACAGCCAUCUACACAGUAGCUACUUCUGAGAUGGAGGGGGUUGGGGGCUGUUACCUGUACAACGGCCAAAAGACACAGUCUUCCAUCCUUUCCUACAACUCUGAGCUACAAGCAGAGCUGUGGAAGAAGAGCUGUGAGCUCGUGGGCCUUCAGGCCUGAUGUGCUCUGCUGUGACCCUCACAUUACACUUUCUCCAAAGCAAUCUGAGAGAUGGUAUUUGAAGCCACUUCCUCACCCUAUUUUGUUCCAACACUUAAUAUCUAGAUGUGUAGGCCUUAAAGAAAACAACAAUGUUUUGGACAUUGUGAUAAAAAUGACAAAAUUAUCCAUGGAAACAUUUCCA